AUGGAGGUGGUAAAUGGGGCAGCAGCCCCUUCGGUGCAGAAUGGCACCGGAGAGGGUCAGGAGUCGUUCAAGCUCAAAUUUUGCACCGUCUGUGCCAGCAACCAGAACCGGUCGAUGGAGGCACAUCUCCGGCUGUCACAGGCCAACUUUCCCGUCAUCUCCUUUGGUACUGGUUCCCUGGUCCGUCUACCAGGCCCCACCAUCACCCAGCCCAACGUCUACCAAUUCAACAAGACUUCGUAUGAUAGCAUGUACAAGGAGCUCGAGGCCAAGGAUUCACGGCUUUACAAGAACAAUGGCAUUCUCAAUAUGCUCGACCGGAACAGAGAGGUCAAGUGGGGUCCCGAGCGAUGGCAGGAUUGGGCCGUUGGCGUGCCGCGCUUGCAGCACGCGAAAGAUCGCGGCCACGUCGGCACUGAGGGAGGCCUUGUGGACGUAGUGUUCACUUGCGAGGAGCGUUGUUGGGAUGCCGUCAUCGAUGAUCUUCUCAACAGAGGUUCGCCGCUCAACCGCCCGGUGCACGUGAUCAACGUCGAUAUCAAGGACAACCACGAAGAGGCCCACAUUGGGGGGCAGGGCAUCCUCGACCUUGCAACCUCGCUCAACAAGGCCGCAGCAGAGGAGCGCGAAGCGAUCGGUGCCGCCGCGUUUGACAGCGGUAGUGCUGCCAGCCGGGCCAGCUUUGACGAGAGAGUGCCCGAGAUCCUUGGCGCCUGGCAGGAGCGGUGGCCCAAUCUUCCAUCAACUUGGACCCUUGCGUGGUUUUAG